AUGUCAUUGCCAGCAGCAGCUUCAGCAAAUGUAGCUGUCUCAUCUAGAAGGAGGGGGCCAAAUUUGAACAUUGUUAUAUCGUGUCCCGAAUGUAAAGUUUAUCCUCCGAAAGUUGUGGAACGGUUUAGUGAAGGUGAUAUCGUCUGUGCAUUAUGUGGGUUAGUCUUAUCGGAUAGAAUUGUGGAUACCAGGUCAGAAUGGCGUACUUUUAGCAAUGACGAUCAGAAUGGAGACGAUCCAAGUCGUGUUGGUGAAGCUUCAAAUCCUUUGUUGGAUGGAAACCAUUUAACCACACGUAUCGGGCAGGCCCAGGGAAGUGAUGCUAGAGUUACUAGGGAUUUGAAUAGGGCUCAGUCGAAAUCUAUCGUUGACAAGAAGGAUAACGAGUUGCAAGCUGCAUAUGCGAAGAUUACUAUGAUGUGUGAUGCUGCAGAACUGCCCAAGAUUGUUAAAGAUUGUGCUAAAGAAGCUUAUAAAUUAUGCUUCGAAGAGAGAGUCUUGAAGGGGAAAUCACAGGAAAGUAUCAUGGCUUCAGUUAUUCUUGUCGGAUGUCGGAGAGCAGAGGUCGGGAGAUCUUUCAAGGAAAUCUUAUCCUUGACUAACGUGCGGAAGAAGGAAAUCGGGAAGACGUUUACCAUCAUCAAGAACAUUCUAAGAGAAAAGAAUGAUAGAGGGUUUGCCAAUAUUGAUACUUCAAAUAUCACCACAGGACAGACAAGUGCAGAGACUUUCAUCCCUAGAUUUUGUUCUCAUUUGGGCCUUUCAGUGCAGGUGGCUAAUGCUGCAGAGUACAUCGCGAAACACUCUAAGGAUGUCAAUGUCUUGGCUGGUAGAUCUCCUAUCACCAUCGCAGCAGCAGCUAUCUAUAUGGCAACUCUACUAUUCAAAUUGAAUAUCAGUCCUACAAGAAUCUCUCAGACUUUACAAGUCACAGAAGGUACCGUGAAAGGUGGAUACAAAGCAUUAUACGAACACAAAGAAAAAGUGGUCGACCCACAACUGAUAGAAUCUGGUGUCGUGAAAUGGGACAACCUUCCUAGAGUCAGUAAUGACAAAAGUGAGAAGGCUAAUUGA